CUUCCCGCGCGUGCGAGCCGGAGCCCCAGCCGGCAGGGGCCGCCCUCCGCCCGGGGCGCUCCGCCAGGAGCACGGAGUGCGCCGCUAGAGGGCCCGCCCGCCCGCGGGGUCGCUCCGCCGACGGCGCGCUCAUCGGUGCGCGGCCCCCUCCACGGUGCGCGCGGAGCGGCCAAGCAAGCGCCGCCAUGAUGAACAGCGGCGGGAUCGGGGUCCCGCUGGGCUUCCCCCUGGGCCCCACGUCCGUCAUCCAGGUCACCAACCUCUCCUCGGCCGUGACCAGCGAGCAGAUGCGGACACUCUUCGGCUUCCUGGGAGAUAUAGAGGAGCUGCGCCUCUAUCCCCCGGACAACGCCCCUCUUGCUUUUUCCUCCAAAGUAUGUUAUAUUAAGUUUCGCGAAGCAUCAAGUGUUGGUGUGGCCCAGCAUCUAACUAACACGGUUUUUAUUGACAGAGCUUUGAUAGUUGUUCCCUGCGCAGAAGGUAAAAUCCCAGAUGAAGCCAAAGCCCUCUCUCUCUUGGCGCCUGCUCCUACUAUGACAAGUCUGAUGCCUGGUGCAGGGUUGCUUCCUAUACCUACACCAACCCCUUUGACUACACUUGGUGUUUCACUUGGCACUUUAGGGGCUAUACCAGCAGCAGCAUUGGACCCUAACAUUACAGCACUGGGAGAAAUACCACAACCGCCAAUUAUGGGAAAUGUGGAUCCAUCCAAAAUUGAUGAAAUCAGGAGAACGGUCUAUGUUGGAAACCUAAAUUCCCAGACUACAACAGCAGAUCAACUGCUUGAAUUCUUCAAGCAAGUUGGAGAAGUCAAAUUUGUGCGAAUGGCAGGUGAUGAGACUCAACCAACACGAUUUGCUUUUGUGGAAUUUGCUGACCAAAAUUCUGUACCUCGAGCUCUUGCCUUUAAUGGAGUUAUGUUUGGAGACAGGCCACUGAAAAUAAAUCAUUCCAAUAAUGCAAUAGUGAAACCUCCCGAAAUGACACCACAAGCUGCUGCUAAGGAGCUGGAAGAAGUGAUGAAGAGAGUAAGGGAAGCCCAGUCUUUCAUAUCUGCUGCUAUUGAGCCAGAGUCUGGAAAGAGCAGUGAAAGAAAAGGUGGUCGAUCUCGUUCCCAUUCUCGUUCAGAAUCCAGGUCUAGCUCAAAAUCUCGAUCUAGAAGAAAAAGAUCACACUCAAAACACAGAAGUAGAUCAGGCAACAGAUCUCUCUCAAGACACAAGGACAGACGCAGAUCCAGAAGUCCCCUGAAAAAACGGUCUAGAUCUUCGGAAAGGCGGAAAUCAAGAAGUCGCUCUCGUUCUCGGGACAAGAAAAGAGACAAAGAAAAGAUCAAGGAAAAGGUCAAAGAAAAAGAGAGAGACCGAGACAAGGAGAAGGAUAGGGACCGAGACAAAGACAGGGAAAGAGAGCGAGAUAAAGAGAGAUACAGAGACAAGGACAAGGAGAGAGAUAAAGAGCGAAGCAAAGAUAGAGAGAGAGCCCGAGAGAAAGAUAGGGACAAGGAUAAGGACAAAGACAGAGACAGGGACAAGGACAGGGAAAAGGAAAAAGAUAAAGAGAAGGAAAAAGACAAGGAAGAGGUAGACCUGAACAAAGAAAAAGAAGAUAUUGAGAAAGAAGGAGAGAAGGACAGAGAGAAGAUUAAGGACAAAGAGGGAGAUAAGGACAAAGAGAAGGACAGGGACAAAGAAAAAGAUGGGGAUAAGGAGAAAGAGCGAGAAAGAGAAAAAGAGAGAGAUGAUAAAAAGAAGAAAGAUAAGAGAUCCAGAACACCCCCAAGAAGCUAUAGCUCUUCAAGAAGAUCUCGUAGCUCCAGCAGGGAAAGGCGUAAAAGGAAGAGUAGAAGUCCUUCCAGGUCUCCUAAAACAUCGAAAACAGCAAAGAGAAAGUCUUCACGAACUCCUUCCCCCAGAAGAAACAAGAAAGAAAAAAAAAGAGAAAGAGAUACAAAUAUUGAAAGAAGAGAAAGAGAAUGCUCCACCUCCAAGAAAAAAAGUAGUAAAGAAAAAGAGGGAAAGGAAAAAUCUGACAAAAGCACCACUACUUUGAAGGAGAAAGAUAACAAAGAGGAUCAGAAUUCAGAAACUGACAAGGAAGUAGACAAUAGAGAUACACAAAGGACAGAUGAAGUCAAACUACAACAGAAUGGAAACUGUCAACCAAAUGAAGAAAGCCUCUCAAUUAAAAUCGAAGAGGUUUAAAGCAAAGAAUGAACUUGUGAUUCAACUAAGGAAUGAAAUCCAAAGCAUCUUAUUUCCCAGAAUGAGGAAGAAAAUGUCAAAGCAAUCAAUGUGACCGUGUUGAUAGUACUAGUAGUUCCUACAAUUCUUGUGAUAGCUUUGUUGUCUUCUUGCUGUAAAGCAAGAGAGCACGGACCAGUCGUUAUACCAUGAAAAGGCAGAUGCCAUCAGAACUAUUCAUCUCUGAAAAUCCAUACAUUUCCAUGAUGGCUGUACUUACUUGUAAAAUGAUAUAUGUUAUGUUUUGCUAUAAGCUGUUACAAAUAAGUAGAAACUGAAAGAUGUAAACCUGUACUUCCCC